CUCCGGGUCGUUGCGUGUUUUGGCCGUGGUGUGGUCCGUACGGCGGCUGGUGUUAGCAUCGAUUAGCGGAGGCGUCGGUGCUGCAUCAACGUAAACGUCGCAGCGCCCGCGCCAUCAAAGCGAACAAGCGAGCUUGAAUACGAACUCUCUAGGGUCGAGUAAACGAAUCUCUUUUAUGGUUUAGUUCUGCGGUGUGUCGGGUCGACUGAAAUGUCUAUCGCAAUUUGGGUGCCGUUCAUGUUCUCCGUGCGCUAGAGGGAGGAGGUUUUCUGUCUGGCCGAAAGCAGGUCUGGCAGGAGCUAUCAGAGAUUUCGGAUUUUCAUCUUCGUUUAUCUUCUCCAGCUCGUGGGCGUUGUUUGUUCCUUUCGCCGCUCUUGGCACUGUGGAUAAAUCAAUCAAGCGCCGUUAUCGAGUCGUAGACGCAUACCCUUUGUUUAACGACGCCGACAAGAACAACAGUCACCGAUUCAGGAAUCCGAGUGUAAUGUGUUUCGACCGCUUCUGGUGUGCGACUUCAGCGGAGCACAAUAGCUCAGUCGAAUCUGGCCUGAUCUAGUUCUGUUUACCGAAGCGUGGAAUCAUUGAACAUUUCGAACACAGGACAAGGCUAAGAUGUUCGUGGCUUUACCUGCAGAUUCCGAUGUGUGUUAGUGGUGAAGUUUGUCACUUAUAAGCUGUAUCACGUCAUGCCUAAGCACAACAACAUGGAAGGUUUGUUUUUGAUAUCGUUGAAGCUGUAACGCUUGCACUCGUCCAUCAGCGUCCGCAGCUUGCAAGUGUCUACUGCUGUAAUAAUAAUAGUAUUACCUAUCUCACAGACCACAGUGCAAAUUAGCCGGUGGUGGAAAUCGGCAAUCGAUUAGAAAGGUAACACAUUGCUAUUUCGUCCCUUGGUUGGCGGUGUUUGGAAUUGGUCAGUGACACUCGGCAUAAAGUGGAUACACUACGACGACAAUCCUACCGAAGGCAUACGAAAGUACCCGAUAAAAUGAAGUACUUUGGAACAAUAGCCGUCUGUUGUCUGGAGAUGAUGGGCGAGGAGCGCGGUGUCUGUGUCGAGCAGAGCCCGGUGUUAAUUCAUCGCACUUCGUUGAGCAACUCUAGUGGCGGAGGUGUCGGGGGUCUAGAAGGCACUGAAGUGGUGUCCUUGGCGAGGAUGCGGCCUUCCCAUUCAUCGCAAGAUGUCGCUUCAAUCAGCCACGAACAGGACUACUGGGAGUACGGGCCCGGCAUCGUUGACCGCCUAAAGUCAAAGUUCAUCAAUUUAUCGAUGAACAACCAAGUUGGCGGUCAGAACGGUGCCAUAUCUACUCAUGCCCCUGGAAAAAAAAAUCAUCUUCGGUCAUGUGCCUCAUUAGAAAAUCUCCAGGAUGGGAUGGGGCCCAACACAACUGCGGAAACUGGCGGUGCUUUUCACAGAGUUCCGGCCGCAUCUUCAGUCAGUGGAAUCGGCGCUGCAAUGAACACAACCCACAAGUUAUUGAUGAUUUCGCCAGCUAACAUGCGACAUCAUGAGCCCCGACGGAACCCUCUCGUUCCAAAGUGCCCCUCGAUGGAAAUUCUACUCGAUGCCAACCGUCAUUACGAAAGUCACCAUUUGAACGCCACGAACAACAACAGCAAUAGCGCCUGCGAUAAUGGACCAGGAAAUCAGCGUGCAGGUGUGGUGAGUUCUUCGAUGAGUUCGGUUGUUGAAAGUGAACUGCCCCGUAGAGAUAUCGUACGAAAGUACAAAAGCUUCUUCGAACAGACCUCAACGUCGUCAUCCCCGCAGCAUCUGACCAAUGGCACCCUCCAUCAAUCUUCCGCAGCUUCGCAUCUUUCACAGAAGGGAAGUGGCGGCAUCCUACGCAAUAACAAGACAUCCCCGAUAAAAAAACCAGUAGCAAACAUCAAGCCCCUUCGUAAGGAGCAGCCACCUUCAGAAUCCGAAGCAAGAAAUAGUCCCCCCUUGAAUAAACUUCUUCAUAACAAGGACAACAGUCAAACGAAUACUUGUCUGACCGUACUUGCCACUUCUACGUCUAAUGUAAAUGGUACAGAGGCGGUUCUCAACGAAAUCAAUCGGCAGGUCAAUGUCAGUGCGGAGCACUCACAUAAUACCCUUGUGUCCAGCAUCGCAGAUCCAGUUACAGGCAUCAACUGCGGAAGCGAUAUUCGGCCGCAAACCAACUUAACUUCAGUGUCUUCUCGCCAGAUAGCAUCAGCCGGUGCUCAACAGAUGCAAGUGUCAUGGUCGCCUGCUGGACUUGUUACCGACACCGUGUCUGAACCACGUACGCCAUCGCUGAUCGUCAAACCGCGCGCCUGUCCUUUACUUUUGAGCGAAAGUAAUUCACGUCCUCUAGCCGGAUGCAAUUCAACUACAUCGGGUUCUGCAGGGUCAGUGGGAAAUAUGGGGAGUUACAUGGUCGGGAGCCUUAGCACCAACUGUACCUCGAUGGUGUUCGAUUUUCGUGGAAAGGACGUCAAACCACAAGUGGCUGUUAUGCCUUCACCCGCGAGGCUGGCCUCCAAAGAGGAGUUAGAUGGACUAGACGACAGCUCUGAACCAAGCGGAAUCACUUUCAUUGGAGAGAACGUUGUAGUUGGAGGAGGCUCGCUGAUCUCGACACGCAAUAAAAACCUCUCGAUACGUUUUGAUGAACAAAAUUUAUCAUCGUUCUUUGAGUACGAAGCUGAAGACGACGACGACGACGACGAAACCGACGAAGACCCGCUGGUAGACGAUCUCUGCGGCAGCGGUGAAGAAGACGCAUCAGAAAACACCGCCAGAGGGCUGCCCAGUGCCGUUCUUGGUAACUAUAAGCCGGGGGUAUUGUCAUCGGGAGAUGAUGACUUCGAACUCGGGGUGAGUCGAUUAAAGCGGCAACAGCAAACCCUCGCAGAAGAAUCCAUCGAACAACAGGAAACAGGUGGAGAACUUCAAGCAAAACCGGCCUCCCAUGAAGAAACGUCCGUUUAUUCGCAAGUGAGCAGCUCCGAUCUGCUAUUUUAAAAAUGAGCAUGUCGAUACUGGCUGCGAGUUAUGACAUUUACUAGACGGCGAUCUCUUGCGCUUGCGAAACACAAGUAACUGUUGCGCAUCUUCGUACGGAACUGACCCUUACGAAACAUCGGGGCCUACAGCAAUGGUAGCGAUUUCAUAGAUCCGGACGAACACCCGAGAGAAGACGUUUAAUAGUUCUCGAUUAAGGGCAAGCAAAAAGCACAACCAUGAGUCACUCAUUCUGCGAAUGUGUAGCCCUGUCACCGUUAUCAAAGUGGAGACCUCACAGGACCUUGAGGACACGUUUGCCGGAAGUCCGUCCUUGAAACUGAAUGCCAAAUACAUCCAUUCAUAGUCAUCAUACAGAGUAACGCACAUGCACAAAGAAGAACGCCCAUUUACGAACGAUUACAGGUUAAAGGUAAAGGAGAGAAACACAGCGACGAGUUUGGUUACGUAAUCUAUCAGAUACUUCUCGUCAUUGUGAUAAUAUUGAGUUCUCUUUGACUAUUAGACGUCCAUAAACGCUCGAUUUUAGCCUAUUGAGGACUGGUAGCAAGCUUGAUGGGACCCUUUACCGACGUGUGACGUGCUGUAUUAUUGUAUUAUACUCGUCAUCAUCACCAUAAUCAUAAUGUAUAUGCCAUCAUCUAAUAGGUAAGGCAUAAUAACAGUAGCAGGGUGAAUUUCAAUGGACCUAAUAGCAAUGGCGCUAAUUGAUCUGAAACAGUAUUGUGAAUACAUAGUCUUGGGAUUGGUGGGGUGGGUAGAGCAACAGGGAGCUAGGAUUAGGUGUCGCCGGCUGUUGUCACUAGGUGUCACUAGUGACAAUGAGACGGUUUCUACAAUGAUUACGAUAACAGUAAUGAUGAGAGCGUAGAAAAGAAAGGCACAGAGAAACAGGGACAUGCUCAGCGUACAAAUUAAAAUAAUGAAAGUGAUAAUAAUAAUGAUAACAGUGAUAACAACAAUACGUACGUGCGUACACGCAGUAAGGUGGUACGUACCCACUUGCCUGGCCUAAACUGCAUUCCCAAUGCGUGCACAUAGUCGUAUAUUUUCACGGAUUUGUGUUUCACUUCCAUUGUCUUUUUAGUUGACUAUAGCAUUUCGACUGACUAAUGCCGACUACAUUUAUGAAGUUCAUAAUACGCCAGCCUUCGUCUGUGCACCUUUAUUAAUUUGCUUGACACUCGAAGAGUACAGAUGUACGUUUAUCUUCGUAUAUAACUGCGUUAAUUUUCAAGGAACGUAUAGUUUAGAUUGAGCCUUACAUUUAAUUCCAAAGGCGACGGGCUGCCGAGUUGCACAAACGAUUGAGUUGUGUUUCAAUUUUGGCACCUUUCCCUUGCAUUUUUUACAGAAUAUAUACAGCUAACACUGCGGAUUCGCCGUUUCCUUUUCCAGUCCAUUGGAAAAGAGUUGUCAUGAACUGUGUGAAUCUUUUGAAUGUUCCGAAGAGAAAUUUUUUCUGAGAUGCUUAAUAAAUAAUCAUGGAGAACUUAUAGGAUGCCAAGAGUAGCGUGAAACAGAGCAAUGAUAAAAAGAAAUAAAAGCUCUCUAGGGAUUAGAACAUAUAGCGGGAAAGGAUCGUAACCCAGUUAGGGAUACCAGAUCCCACAAAAAGAAAAUGAACAGUUCUCAAGUUACAGAGUCUGAGAUGUAUGAAUGAGAAUGGGAUACAAGUGACUAACUGACCUGCGCUGUAUCAUUUGUAUGUACAAUAGCAAAUAAAAAGUAAAAGACGUAUCAUAAGAAGCAUUU